UUCAAAAGAAAGAAACGGGAGUUGUGCAAACAUGUUUCUCACAGAUUCCUAAUUACUUUGUUUCGAAAGUUGUCUUUUAUCCAGCAAUUUGGUCAGGACCAAACAAUUUCUUCAGGACGGCUGAAAGCCGAUAUAUGGAUAAAAUGUCUGUAUGUUAAAACAAUCAUAUGUUAUGGUAGUAUCCGCCUUUCUUUAUUACGACGUGUGAACUAGAGCUUCGCCUUGAAACUCACUUCUCAUCCAGAGGUCAUUUAAGAGUGCAUCAUCGUUUUGACAUCAUGGCUGCCGAUAUUACUACUGCUGAUGUUUAUGAAGAUGCUUCUCUGAUAGGACAAGACAUCGAGAAAAUUAUCGACCGUUUUGGGCACGACGCAGUCAUGGACUUGAUGCCCAAGGUCAUUCGAGUGCUCGAGAAACUGGAGGUCGUUGUUGGGGAAAAGGAGAAGGAUAAACUGGAAAUUGCUGAGCUGAAACUUGAAAAUGAACGACUCUACUUGGAUAUAAAGCGAGAAGCGAGCCAGCGGAGAAAAUUAGAUGAGGAGCUUUAUCAGAUCUCUGCAACAGGAGAAACAGACAACCUAAAAGCCAUGCUAAUUAAACUUCAAGAAGAAAACAAGAAAUUGCGAAUGGAGGUUGAAGUAACAGUUAAUACCCAACCAGCAACGGCGUACAUAAGCGCACCUGGCGACGCAGAACUGAUGCAAAAGAUGAAAGAGACGAUUGAUAACCAGAGAGACUCCAUACGAAGUAAAAACAAGGAGAUUGACAGCUUAAGAACUGACCUUGAUGCGGUAGAGGAACAAAUCGUACGGCUGACUAACAUUAACGAGAGUGUCAGAAAAACCCUGGGCGCCAGUAAAGACCGAAUACACGAUUUGGCGAGGGAGAAAGCAGAGCUUCAAACUGAGUUGCGGGCACUUAGACUCAGGGCCGAACCUCUGGCAGAGAGUGACGAGGACGGAGAUGCUGAGAGUGUGGAACAAUUUAUGAACAGCUACGGUAAACAACCGCUCGAAAAUCAUGGCGCAGAGGACGAUAAAGAAGGGGAAGCUUUAGCUGAGGAUACAGUGAAAAAUUCCUACGAAAAUUCUGGAACCGUAGAAAUCAGCACAGAAAACCCUCCUCCCAAACCACCGCGGCUUAAAGUUGAGGAAGAAGGUGGAGAAAACGUAGACGAGUAUAAUAAUAAUGAAACGAAAGUUGCUGAGGAUGAAACGGAACCGGAAGUGCAAGUUGAAAGGAAAGAAAAGGAAGUGCUCAUAAAACAAAUUGAUGAUGACAAGGAAGGGACUGGGGAUGAUGGAUGGGAAAUUGUUGGUCGAUCGUCGAAGAAAGUGCUCAACGGAGAGAAGUCGAAGGAUGGAAGUACGGAAAAGAGAGAGAGUCAGACACGAGCAGAAACCGGUAAUAAAGAUCCAAACAGACCACGUUACACAAAAGCAGAGAUGCUGGAAGUUUUAACAGAAAGGAACAAGUUGAAAGAACAGGUGUUUGCGCUGCAGGAUGAGCUGAAAAUAUACAAACCUGGGUAUACUGAGGAUGAAGCAUACGGUUACUCGAGUAAUAACCCGUCACCCAGGAGAGUGUCAAGACGUGAGGAAUCUGGGAUAUCAAGAAUUUUCAGCAUCUUCACUCGAAAAGGAGAAAAUUGACUGAUUCCUUUGAUUCUGUGUCAACCAUAUAUUGACGGGAAUGCGAAUUUGUUGUUUAGUAUGCUGGGUGACAUCUAUGAAUUGUCUUCUCAGGUUUGUUCAGAAAAUCACCAGCAGUCUAAGCAAGAAAAACCAGAAUAGUUAAUGAAAAUGUUAGGUAGUUACCGAUUAUUGUUCCCCACCCCCCCCCCCCCAGCAAAUCACAUAAUAGCCUAAGCCCAUGUUUAAGUUUCAUAAAAUUAAGUAAUUCGUAAGAGCGCAAUUCGAUUCAAUGUCGUAAAACGGAAACCAAAGUAAUCACAGCGAAUCACAAAGGCCAAUCCAGACCAAGGAAGAUAUCACUAUGAGCCAAUCAGAGCUCAAAGAAAAAUAAGCCAAGUACCAGAAGCGUGGGAAAACGCAAGUGACAAAGGCACGACUGAUUUUAGGUCUACAUCCAAUUGGUUGCGAUGUUAGGGUGAUUUAACAGCGUAGCCAAGUUGAGGAAAACCUUUCCAAUUCUAGACUGUUUUGACCCUCAAGUGAAAAAUAUCAUUGCUUAAUCAAACCUGAUGUCUUUAUUUUGUAAGAGUCUGCGACAUCUCCUAUUUAAAUGUUAGGACAAUAUAUUCGUUUUCAGCGGAGCAAAUCUGUUUUCUUAGCUCGAAUAGUAUUUAACAGUAAAAGGUAAAGAAACUAGCGGACAUAGAUAGGCUGCUAUUCACUAAGACGCAAGUUCUCAUUUGACAAAUUUUCGUGAAGUAAUCCGAAACCUAUAAAGGAGUUUCGAUAGCAUUGGAUAUAAUUUUUUGAUUACAGGAGCUGAUAUGUCGGCAAAUCGCUUUAUUUUCCCCUUAAAAAAUAUUUUAUAUGAUUAAGAAUACUCCCUUCAUUUCCUAAUUGAAUUUCCAAUAUUAUAGUAUGCUGUUUCAAACCUGAAAGACGGUAUCUAAAGUGGUUCAAAAUUCGAUUAACUUUAAUCCUAUGAAUUUGUAAUUACCAGGUUGUAACUGAAGUAUAAAUUUUUUAUUUUAUGGCUAUAAUGAGAGAAUAGUCUCUCUCAUGAAGCUUUCUUACUAAUUUUGUAUGAUUAAUGAAUAUAUUUUUGUAAAGUGAUCGCUAUAUUUCUACUCGGAACUGAGAAACUUUGAGAUUAGCCAUAUGAACUACAGCGUCUUGGAUUUUCGACAGUUUAUUUUUUAUAAUAAAGAGGUUAGCAAAAUCUUA